UGAAAAUCUGCGGCAAAAGAAAAUUAACGGUUCUGCGCAGCCAAGCGCCUGGCGCUACUGAUUUCCCACCCUUUUUUUUCACAUUUAUUCCUUUUUCUUCCAUUUUUCCUGUUCAUUUAUUUCUUCUCGUAUUCUCCUCGGCGAUGGCUCGGAAGGAUCAGCGAAACCCUAAUUUUCGUCCCCUCGUGGAGAAGCCCUGAGUUCGUCGCCUCUUCGUCUCGGAGCGGAGCACGGGCGGACAUGCCGCUUUGUCUUUCGAAGAGAAGAUGUACACAGAAGCAUACAGAGUAUUUAGGUGAAAAUCUCUUGACCUUUGGUUGAGGACAUUUCAUUUGAUGCUGGAUGGCGGCUGGUCAGCAAAAAAGGCGCCUGAAUGCUGUAAAUCUUGCAAGUUGCAACAUACCAGAGCAGCACAGAGGAAAAAAGAGGAAGGAUCUGGAUUUAUCUCCCUCAAUAUUGAGUUUGAACCCUCACAUUUCUCUUGAAUGGAAAGGGAAACAAAAGAGGGCAGUGGCUAGGAAGGAUCAGGUUGCAAUUUCAUGGAGAGAUUUAUCUCCUUUUAUUGAUGGUGGACAGCAGUCUUACACUCAUGCUCGACUUGCUGAUGUUUUCACUGUUCCUCAUGAAAUCUUUGAGCUGGACAAUCUGCAUGGGCUGCUUUCUUGUCAGGCUUGGAAAAUGUGCCUCUCUGCAUCAGAGAGAAAGCUUCUGUCUCAGUUUCUGCCCAAAGGGAUAGACGUGGACCAACUAUUGCAAUCAUUGUUUGAUGGGGAGAAUUUUCAUUUUGGCAACUCUUUCCUCGAAUGGGGUUCUUUGCUUUGUUCUGGUAAUCUUCAUCCGGAUGCUGUCAUUCAGAGAGAGCUUAUCUUCAAGGCCAAUAGGAAGGGUUACUAUUCAGAGCUGCAGAAGUAUCAUAAUGUUAUGUUGGAGGAGUUGCAGAUAUUGAAAGAAACAUGGAUAAAUUCUAGAGACCCAGCAAAUUUCCAGAAGUUAUUGAGGUGCAGGAGGAAUAACACUGAAUAUAAUCUUUUGUCACAUGCGAAUGAAUCAGCACCAUUGAGCCUGGGAGAAAAUGUUGCGGUAACUACGGAUUCUGGUUCUUCUAUUGGAGACGACGUAAAUGAUAUUUGGGAGGAAAUACAAGAAGAUUCUCAAGAAAGGUUGACAAAACGUAAGGUUCGAAGAGGAGUCAGCAUUUCCAUAAACAAAAACGUGGACAACAAUCUGGAAAAAGAUGAUAAACAGAUCAUCAGAUCUCAACAGAUAGUCAAAAAACUAAAGCUGACAAGUGGAUCAGUUAAGUUCAAAUCACUUAACCGGGUGCUAGGUGACACCAAAAAGCUUGAAAAUCAACCAUGUGGUGCUUUGGAGGAGGAUGGCGAUAAAAAGUUGCAUAACCAUUGGCUGCAAAUUGCUUGCACAGAUAUUAUGGCUGCAUUUGCGUCUCAUGUUGAGAGACAGUCACAGAUAAGUGAGUUGAAGGCAUUGUUAGGCCAAGAAAUUGCAGAUAAAAAGAGGCUCGUGAUCACCCAGGAUGGGGAGAAACAGAGCGGAAGCAGUAUGCAGGAAGAGCAAGACAAUGUUUCAGAAGAUGAGGAUUCUGAUGUUGCUAUUGAGAACUAUGAGGAAGAUGAAUCCUCUCCUUCCACUGGUGAUAAUCAAGCUUUGGAGCAUGUUCCUUCAUUUAAUAGUCGUGAAGAACCUGAUGCUGCCUCUGAGGAAAUGGAGGAGGAUGUAAGCAACUCAAAUGACAUUGGAAUCGAGAAAAAUGAAGCCGUCUCUCCUCCCACUCUUCGUCAGUCUCUGGUUAGAAUUCCUUCACUGAAUGGUCAUGAGCAUGAACUUGUUUUCGAGGAAACAGUAGAGGAUGUCAACAAAACUGAUGAGAUGAUGCUUGAAAGUUGUGAGAGAGAUGCCGCUGAAUCGUCGGUUAUGUGCAUGACAACUGAUCAGAGAACUGAGGAGGAACCCUGCACUGCACCAGGUAUGUCGAAAUUUCUAGAAGAUGCUGAAUCAGCUGAAGAUAUGGUUCAUGCGGGUGGUUCCACUGAAGACGUCUGGUCAACUGUGAACAUGACAGGUGGAACUUACUAUGAUGAGGGUCAUGAUUAUUCAACUGUGAACAAAUUGAGGAUCAGACAUCAAACGGUUGAAGAACAGCCUGCUCGUAUGAUCAAUCUGGAGGCGGACAUUCUCAGGGAUGGAGAUGAAGAUGCAGGCCUAUGCAGACCUGAUGAUAAUGUGGGUUCAGCUGUGCAAGCAAACAAUGGACCGUCCUUUUUUGAUACAUACGAAGAUGAUGGACCAGGUCAGAUAAUAAGCAAGCCAGUACUUCUCAAGGCGCAGCAGUCUUAUUCUGGUCAUCAUGUGGGUGAGAUGAAACAGCAAGAGCUACCAUUCACGAUGGGAGCUGGCAAUUCAUCAGAUGGUUUCCACUUCUCUCAGCACCUCCAUGGGCAACGGCAGCAGUUGCUUGAUGAGAGACAGGCUGGAGAAAAGGAACUUCAUCCUCUUCAUCUUAUGCAGAGCAUGUAUGGCUAUGCUGAGAAGCAGCCAACUCGCCAGGUCUUUACACCCACAACCAACUCCAUUGACUGGGAAACAGAUUCUGCACGUGUGCUGCCUUUUCAGCCUUCAGCUGCUGGAGAGAUGUUGGACCACCACUGGGGUUCCUACGGGGGCCGUACCCACUCUAACUGGUCUGCCCUGGAUGUUCCAUUAUCGUCUCAAGGUCAUUGUCCAGGUGAUGGAACUGCAGCAGAUGGUAGUUUGUUUGGCUUUGUACGGCAAUUGAAUGGAUUCGCGCGGUCACCCUACGACACAGUGGGCUCUCACCAGUAUGUUGGCCCAGGUGCAUAUGCUGGGGGAGCUGCUCCACAGGGUGAUGAGAUGCAGUGUCAAGGCCACAGCGCUCAAUUUGCAUACCUUAACCAGCAAUAUGGUUACAUGCAUCCACACCAGGAUGCCACUCGCCACAAACCUAAUGGCAGCAUGGCAUGGAUGAACAUGCCUCUGGCUGCUGGUGUGAACGCAGAGAUGAUGCAUCAGAGUUCCAUAAUGCAUGAUUCGGUGGGGAAGCCAUUUCUGGGCUCCUGGAACCAGUAGUCUCCCAGAGCAUUUGGCGCAUUAUGUCAUAGUUUCAAUCAGCUUUUUCAGUUUUUGCAUCCAUUAUUGCUUGAGCAGCGAUCCCCCGCCUGCACUUUGGCCUGCUGCGGAAGAAAGCAGAGGAAGUUCCUGGGAAAGGUACAACGGGGAGGUUUAUCCGACUGUGACGGUGGAGAAAGUUCAAUUCUGUAAAUAUUUGACAGUAAAGGAUCACAUCCUAAAGUUCUUUGUGUAUAUAUUUUUAAAGAAAAGCCCUCCAAUAUUUAGGAUAACGAUGCACAUUUCCUGGGCUUUUUUCCUUUUUUCCUUUUUUUGACCCUUAUUCUCUCCUCACUCUUUUUCCUGAGGUUAAUUGCAGCAGUUCGUGAGUUGCAUGAAUUUUGCGGCCUCUAAACAAUAAAGGAUAUUUCCAGACAUGGUCUGAAAUUUA